AUGGACGUCCAUAUUUUACUUACUUUGACUUCAUUCGUUUUUUUGAUACAAAAUAUUGAAAGUAUCCAUUUUGAUUUCGAUGUCAUCUUGUCUUUUGUUACGUUAGACGAGAGGCCUGUGUCUUUGCUUUUACCAUUUUUGUGUUGGAAACAACAUGCUCUUAAGUCCUUGGCUAGGAGUAUGUGUGAGGUAGGAGUCAGCACUGCCACCUCGCUGCAGUAUAAUAGGACGGAGUAUGACUUGCAGUACAUCCUGAUUAUUGCCGACCUGACUUGUGUAGGGACUGACAGGUUUCUGGUGAAAGCUAGCAAAGAAGGUUAUUUCAAAGCUCCAUACCGUUGGUUACUCCUGAACUAUGAGGACGAUGACACACCUCUAGUUCAUGCUGAUAUCCUGGUGGAUAGCGACGUGGUGCUGGUGAAGAGGAUCAACGACCAGGAGUACUGGUUUAUAGAAGCUUACAAAAUAUCAGAAAACUCCGAGAUAAUACACACAACACGAUUAAUAUGGAGAAGAAAUACAACAAAACAAGACAACAAUACAAACAAUAUUACUAUCAUGGAUCAAUCAAAAGUAACUGUUACAAAAUAUGGAUGGAUGGAGGACUAUAGAAGUUCCAAUGUUCUAUCUUCAAGGAGAUAUGAUUUGAGAGGACAUACUCUGACAAUGGUCAAUGUCAUCACAGAUAGCAACGAAACGAGGCUGCAUAUGAAUGAUAGACUGUACUUACACCAGGACUGCAUAACAAAGAUGUCAUACGCUGUAGUGAGUAUAUGCUUCCACAUGCUGAACGCGACCGAGCGACUCCUCUUCACACAUACUUGGGGGUACAAGGACAAGAACGGACAAUGGCAGGGUAUCGUCGACCAUCUGCUGAAGAAGGAUGCUGAUUUGGGAACCUUAACAAUAUUCACUCAAGAGCGCAUGGACGUAGUGGACUACAUAGCAAUGGUUGGCACGACUGCCGUACGCUUCGUGUUCAGAGAACCCCCCCUCUCCUACAUCUCUAAUAUCUUCACGUUGCCAUUCUCCGGCACCGUCUGGCUGGCCAUCUUCAUCUGUGUGCUGGGGUGCUCCAUAUUCUUGUACAUAGCUUCUAAGUGGGAAGCCAGCAUGGGUAUGCAUCCUUUGCAACUGGACGGCUCGUGGGCUGACGUACUGAUCCUCAUCAUAGGCGCAGUACUGCAACAAGGAUGUACGCUGGAACCAAGAUAUGGUGCAGGUCGCUGCGUAACCCUGAUCCUGUUCAUAGCUCUGACAGUCCUCUACGCAGCGUACUCCGCUAACAUCGUGGUGCUGCUGCGAGCUCCCAGCUCCUCCGUCAGAAGUCUACCUGAUCUCCUCAACUCUCCACUCAAAUUGGGCGCCAGUGAUUUUGAGUACAAUCGGUAUUUCUUUAAGAAACUCAAUGAUCCAAUACGUAAGGCGAUAUACGAGAAGAAGAUUGCACCGAAGGGUAAGCAGGCGAAUUUCUAUUCAAUGAAAGAUGGCGUCGAGAGAAUUAGAAAGGGUCUAUUCGCGUUUCAUAUGGAGCUGAACCCAGGAUACCGACUAAUCCAGGAGACAUACCAGGAGGACGAGAAGUGUGACCUGGUGGAAAUUGAUUACAUCAACGAGAUCGACCCCUGGGUGCCAGGACAAAAGAGGUCGCCUUUCAAAGAUCUUUUUAAGAUUAACUUCCUAAAGAUCAGAGAGUCAGGGGUGCAAGCGAACGUCCACCAGCGUCUGACAGUGGCCCGGCCUCGGUGCUCAGGACACGUGUCCACCUUCAGCAGUGUGGGCAUCACAGACAUGUACCCAGCUAUGCUGAUGACCUUGUAUGGCAUGCUGCUAGCUCCUGCCGUCUUACUGCUUGAGAUUACGUAUAAACGAUUAAUGACGAUCAGGCAGCAGAAAAGAACACUUACAGAUCCUGACCACAUCCCGUUCCGACACUGAGUAAUAAGUUCUAGAAAGAUGUAUUAAAAUCGUGACAUUUUAUCACGAUUCAAAAUAGUGUUAGAAAAUAUUUAUAGAAUUUACUCACUAUUUUAAUAUUUGUAAUAUAAUAUCGCAGAUAAAGCACGACAUGGUAUUAUAGUACCUAGGUAGAAGGUUACAUUAGAAUUAAACAAAUCGCUGAACAAAAUGAAUUUCACUCUGACAGCUAAAACUUUUAGUUAGAUAUUUAAUUUGAAAUAAGUAUUGGGAAGCAUGCAUAUUUGCACAUCCGUAUUUCUGCACCCCUUCUUGCAGUAAAUUUGUCUUCACUCACAUUUACUAACUUCAUGCUUUUGUUUCAGCAAUAUUUUAAUUAGUUUAAUAAUAGUUAAUUCGAAUUAGCUAUAUGUUUGCACCGAAUUAAAUAUAUUUUACUAACACUACUUACCUCACCUUUAUCUUUGAAUUACUUAAAUCUUAUAAUGAAAUAUGAGGAGAUAAGGAAUCCUUUUAAAACAACCUACACAAUAUCACUAAAUAGAUUUUAACUUGGACUCAGACAUUCACAAUAAAGAAACGACAAAAAUCAAGGCGUGUUUUAUUCAUAUCGAACAAUUUCUUUAUUUUCUACCCUGUCACAGUUACAAGUACGUCAAACAGAGA